UCCAAAGAUAUAAACUUACUGUUUUAGUUGUCAGGUGGAUAUGUUCAAAAAUAAAAUAAAAUAAGAGGUUCCUACGUAUUUAUAAACUAGCGUCAAUAAUGUUAUCGUGUGUGAUUGUAUAGAAACUUUUUGUGUCAAGUAAUUUAAAUUACAAUAAGCACAAUGCCGUAAGAGUUUUAGAUUUUUCGUUAUGUUUUCAAAAACAAUCAAAGAUGUUGAGUGGAUUGAUUCAGGUAGUUACUAGAAAAAACGCUAUUGUUUCUAACAGCUACUAUGGAAACGAAAUGAUAAUUUAAGAGACAUAUACUGCAUAAUAUUACUAUGCUUUUUAAAGCAAAAACGAUCUUGAGUACCCAGGAUUUACAAGACAAAAUUAACCAACUUCAUGUCAACUAUCUGCCAAUGAACUUAAAUCCAUCCUAUGAACGACUUAAAAUCAGCGCUAUGAAUAAAAUCGAACAAAUUUUACAUGAAAGUACUAGAAAAAAUUUACAAGAAGUUGAUUUUGAAGAACUGCUGCUUUGUGUUUUGACUAUUUUAUAUUUCUUUGGCAUGAGAUUGAAAAUUAAUAAUCUCAAAUCACGUAACUGGAAUUGGUGCCUUAAGCGUAAUUUUAUUAGGGCUGAAACAGUUUUCCAAGACACUAUAAACAAUUUAAGCCCAGAACGAAGUGAAAUCACCAUCAAAAUAACCUUUAAAUUUUUAAGUAACGUCGACUUAUGGCAGUUUGAAAGUUUCGUUGUACAAAUUUUGGAAGUAAUUCUUUACUACAACAACGGACAAACAACAAUUUUUAAUUUAAUGCUAUCAGAUAUUCAAAGUACUUUGUUUUCCGAUGUAAAAUCAGCCCGGCACCGAAUACGGGUCUUAUAUGAUCUGCUGAAAAGUGAAAAUUGGAUAAUUGAGAAACAAUAUCUGCUACCGUUUGUAUCCCGGCUUUUAGAGCUUUUUUCCUACAGUAUCGAAAAGAACGACUUAAAAUUGUCGGCUUACGGCUUUCUGCGAAAGGGAUUCGAAGUUUGCUUGCGUAGAAUUUUUGAGAGAGUCGAGAAUCACCAUCGGAUAUUCAUAAUAACUACAAUGCUAAAUUGGUUUUCGGUGGUAAAUUUAAACAGUGACCACGUGCUUGAGUUUUCGUCACUAUUGGAUCGUGCCGCAGAACUUUACACUGUAGAAAGUUACACAGAGAGUUUUGGUGAGGGUGUUUUUGAACAGGUUCUAGUUAAUUUCGUUGCUUCCAGAAAUACGUUGCACUCUUUUAUCGGGUGCCGUCUUUUACAGAGAUUUCUAGACAGACAGCGUAACGCAGCGUUGCUAAUGGUGCCCACUAUUUACUAUGAAUUUUCGCAAGCCCAGUUGAGACUUGGAUCUUAUGAAAGCUGUGACAAAACAUUCUUCCGGCAUUAUAGAGAUAAAAUUCACGAACAUUGUCUAGUGGCCGUUAAAACGCAUUGCCACAACAUAUCUAAUUUAAAGGUCAUAUUUGCUAUAAUUUGCUCAAUAGUAUUGGAAGUACCUUGUGGAUUGACAGCCGCAAUGGCAGCCUGUUUAUGUAUGGAAAUCCAAGAUUAUGCCCUCAACGAAGAAAAUUUAGUUGCGUCAAGCCGUUAUUGGAUGCACGCAAUAGUGAUUUCAGUGAUGUCGCUUAUCUGCUGGGUUCAUAAAGCUUCGGUGCUUUAUCGUUACGUAAAUCAAGUUAUUUCAAGAAGAGCAAAAGAGGCACCGCAUCUCAAUCCGCCUCUAAUGCAAUCUUACAAAAUUGGCCAUGGUCAUGUCACUUGGAAUAAACCUACACUUUUUUUUGAAGAUUGGGAAAUGCGUUUUGGCUUAUGGAAGCACUUUAAAGAUGCCCAGCCAAUUACAGGAAAUAAAGCUUAAAAAUGUAGCAGAAAAACACCCAUAAUGGACUUGUCACAGUAAUAAUUGAGAUUAUGAACAUCCUUCUUUACAGAUGAAAGGAUAGUCUCGAAUUUUGACCACGAAAUUACAAGUGAAAAUAUAUCGUGCUAUUUUUUUAGUAAUUAUCUGUGAGACAUGAUAAUAAAUCCUUUUUUUUUUAUUAUUCCCAAACUAGUUAAAUAAUAUUAUAGGCGUAGAAUAUGUAUGUGCGUUCCUAAUUAUAUUAUAGAAUUCUUGGAAUUGGUA